AUGUCACCCUCUGAUUUCUUGGACAAGCUCAUGGGAAAAACGUCAGGGUAUGAUGCCCGGAUUCGACCUAACUUCAAAGGCCCGCCUGUCAAUGUGACAUGCAACAUCUUCAUCAACAGCUUCGGCUCUGUCACAGAAACCACCAUGGAUUACCGGGUGAACGUCUUCCUGCGCCAGCAGUGGAAUGACCCCCGCCUGGCGUACAGGGAGUACCCGGACGACUCGCUGGACCUGGACCCCUCCAUGCUGGACUCCAUCUGGAAGCCAGAUUUGUUCUUUGCCAACGAGAAGGGGGCCAACUUCCAUGAGGUCACCACCGACAACAAGCUGCUGCGCAUCUUCAAGAAUGGCAAUGUGCUGUACAGCAUCAGGCUGACGCUGAUCCUCUCCUGCCCCAUGGAUCUCAAGAACUUCCCCAUGGACAUCCAGACAUGCACCAUGCAGCUGGAGAGCUUUGGCUACACCAUGAAUGACCUGAUCUUUGAGUGGCUGGAAGAGCAAGAAGCUGUCCAAGUGGCAGAGGGCUUGACGCUCCCACAGUUUAUUCUGAGGGAUGAAAAGGAUUUGGGAUAUUGUACAAAGUAUUACAACACAGGAAAGUUCACCUGCAUCGAGGUGAAGUUCCACCUAGAGAGACAAAUGGGCUAUUACCUGAUCCAGAUGUACAUUCCCAGCCUGCUGAUUGUCAUCCUCUCCUGGGUCUCCUUUUGGAUCAAUAUGGAUGCUGCACCCGCCCGGGUAGGGCUGGGGAUCACCACAGUGCUGACCAUGACCACCCAGAGCGCGGGCUCCCGGGCCUCUCUGCCAAAGGUCUCCUACGUGAAGGCCAUUGACAUCUGGAUGGCCGUGUGCUUGCUCUUCGUCUUCGCCGCCUUGCUGGAAUACGCGGCCGUCAACUUUGUCUCCCGCCAGCACAAGGAGUUCAUGCGCCUGCGCAGGAGGCAGCGGCGCCAGAGGAUGGAGGAAGAGGUUGUCCGUGAGAGCCGCUUCUACUUCCGUGGCUAUGGCCUAGGCCACUGCAUGCAUGUGAAGGAUGGUGGUGCCAUGGAGGGUCCCAGCAUCUACAGUCCCCCUCCGCCAACCCCUUUCCUGAGGGAGGGAGAGUCAAUCCUCAGGUGCUACGUCGACAGGGCCAAGCGGAUCGACACCAUCUCCCGAGCCGUCUUCCCCUUCACCUUCCUGGUGUUUAACAUCUUCUACUGGGUGAUCUACAAAGUGCUGCGGUCUGAGGACAUCCACCAGGCACCCUGA